AUGUUCUUCAAAAAGGCUCUUGCUACUGGAAAACUCUCCUAUGCUUUCAACAGUCCUAUGGUCGCCAGUAUACUGGUACUCGUUUGGUCUCUCAACGUUCUUAACUACGUGACCUUCGAUCCUCCCCUGGACACCCAGCGUGCGGCAGCCACAAACAUCGGUCAUGUCAACCAAUGUGUAAAGGUGCGCGCUGAGUUUUCCAACAAGGAUAUGCGAUCAUGGACUGGAAUCUCUUAUCCAUUCAACAAGCUCACUUACGCCAUCGGUGACGGAACUACACCCGCAGGAAACACCCCCAUUGUUUGUUUCGGCGGUUUCCAUAACCGCAUGCACCCCGAGGAGGAUAUUAAUUUAGCCGAAGAGGCCGUAGAGAGCAUGGCUCCCGGAAACAUGGAUAUUAAGCGAUUGCUUUUAUCCAGUUCAUUGGAUGCGAUGCGGGCACGACAUGAAAACAUUGUCUUUGCCAAUUCUGAUUGGGCGGUUGGCUGGCGUAGCUUCAUUGAUGCUGCUAUCGAGGAGGGUACACGGGCGGCUAUGACUGUGAAGACAAAGCUUCAACUCGCUCCUCCUUUGCGUUCCUGCCUAUAG